AUGACGCUCUCCUCGGACGAGUCGACUCUUGUCAAGGCGACUCGAAACGAAGACCUUCCCCCCAAACAAAAAUAUUUAAACGAAAUUUUGUAUUGCUAUCAAAAUUUGGUCGACUACGAGUCGAUGACCGACAUAGUUGCUGAACGCGCAAAAGGGAGUUUUAAGAGUUGGAUGGAUUUCGGGCACAUUUUAGUGAUCAUGUUAAGUAUCGAAAAGAUCGAUUCAAAACAUACUCUUCUCAAAAAGUAUAAGAAGGAGACCUGUAAAUUUAAGGAUAUCCCUUUAGGUACUAAUUCUCACGAAAAACUGACAAAAAUGUUCUCUGAGUAUUUCGUUCGUCUUGUUGCUAUGUACAACAGUUUGGGAAUCGUCAUCGAGGAGAACACUACUAUUUUCGAAUUGAAAACUACCGACAACUGGAGACGGUUGUUUGCAAUCACGGACGAACUGUUUUCUCACUUCGAUUUUUUUAAAUCUGUUGAAUGGCAGAACACCGAGUUAUACGUGUCUCCACUUUGCACUGUCAUAGUCCAACUUUUACUUCGGGAGGCCGUCACAGUUGUUUUCAAGUUGGUAUUGAUUUGUAAUAAUUUUAUUAAAGAUAUUAAUCACAUUCAACCGGUUCACUUAACUAAACUGGCUGAGACAUUCACCAAUUUGUCGAAGUGUAUUUCAUAUAUGAGCUCCGACUUAAAAAAUCGAGUUCCAGAAAAUCAAAGAGGAUUGUUCCCAGAAGUCACUCUUCCUCCUACCAUCUUCGAGGCCCUUAACAAAAUUUUGAUGAGUGGCGAACGGUUUGAACAAACUAAAGCUGCUCCUAUUGUUGAACAAACGUUAACACAAUACAUCGACUUCAUCAACACAAAUGAAGCGCCAUUUGACAACUAUAUCACUUCAAUAGAAAAUAUUCCAGUGAACGACCAAGGCUCAAGAUCAUCGUCGACGUCGACUUCUAACUCGCGAAGUGGCUCGAAGAGUCGAAAAGGAAGUCAGAGCUCUUCGACACGUCCACACGUCAGACAAAAUUCGUUGCACACGCCAACACAAGGAAUGCCACGUUACAGUUACAGCGCGACGCCGCGAAAACAACGAGCGGGGUCGACAGACUACUCCCUCAACCCAACACUCGCCCCGGAAGGCACUCCAAAUGAAAAGAAGAGGCAUGACUCGGUUCAACAGAUAUGA